CUAAAGGAAACGAGAGGGGCACUUGGUGGACACGUCUGCGCGAAGAGGGGAAUAAGAAGGCGGAGGAGCGGGGAAUCAUGGUGCAGGGAUCAAUGGCGUGCUCUUAUGUGCAAGCAGCUCAGAAGGGAAUGACAGAGGGAGACAAGAGGAUAGCGGCCAAAGCAGCAAGUGAAGCAAGAGAGAGCAUGGCUUCACAAGGCACCUCAAUUUCGGGGAGGGAUUUGGGUCAACCCAGGGCACUAGGACAGCGGGCCAUUGACUUUUUGAUUGAGAGAACCAAAAUAACAGCGCCAAUCAAGAUUACGAAGGAAACUCAUAAGAGUCAGGAUGGUAAGGAAGAAGAAGUGGAUGUGUGGGAGUAUCCGGAGCAAGACAUUCCUUCAUUGCAUGAGCUAUAUGAGCGGCACGCAGUGCUGUUUAAUUUUGCAAGUAAAAGCAGGGAUCUGCCAUUGAAUGAGAAGAGGCGACGGGUGAUGGAACGUUUAAGAGGAUUGAAGAGUAUUCCGGGGGUAGAACCGGAAGUAACAUAUCACAAGAGGGGAAAGUUCGUUGUGAUGAUUGUAUGCGUAGACCCCUCCUAUGCUCAAUAUCUCCUAUCUUUGGGGUCGCUGAAAUGCCAGGGAACGGUUGUUACAAUUCAGGCAUGGAAACCCCCAAGACCCCCACAAGCGGAAGCUUCUCAACAUAGGCAGAAAAUGAUGAAGGAGCAUUUCUGGGUCCAAUUUGACAAUCUCUCGGAAGGCAUUGACCAUGAUUGUGUGACUUCGUGUCCUUGUUCACUUCCGCAAUUUGGCAUGUUGACUGGUCGGUCCAUUGGUCAGGGCGAUGUUGGGGAUAAAUUCUACAUGGUGGAAGCUGGGGAGUACGACGUGUAUGUUGCCAAGGAAGGGACGAAAUCGGAGACGCAGUGGGGGAAUUUGGUCCAUCACUACACAUGGAAAACUUACCCUUGCUUUGGAGAUUUGGCACUCAUAUAUAAUAAACCACGAGAGGCCACAGUGAGAGCCGUGACAGAUGGGAUACUGUGGGCUCUGGAGGGAGCAGCAUUCAGGAGCGUCCACAGGGCGAAGAUGAGCCGGCGGUUAUUGGUGAAGUCGCUGAGGAGUAUUGAUCUGUUUCAUGCUCUCACUUUAUCUCAGCUGCAGAAAGUGUCAGAUAUUCUUGUAGACACAGCAUUUGCUGCAGGUGCCGUCAUUAUCGACACGAAAGAAGCAGAGACAUUAUACAUUGUGUCGAAGGGUGAGGUUAACGUCUUUGAGAAUGGAAAGGGGCGCCCCACGAAGAUGGUUAUCGCGGAUGGCAAGGGAGAGGAGGGCAGCGGCGAGGGGAGACCAAAGUCGUUUGGUGACUGGGUUCUCCUGCCUGGAAAAACUCCAAAACUCAAAGUGGUCGCUUUAACAGCAGUGCAGGCAUUCUCUGUUACCAAAGAUCUUUUUGAGGUCGUGCUGGGUCCGCUCAAAGAUAUUAUUGAGGAGGAUGAUAGGCUUAAGGAGGUUUCAACGCUAGUCCAGAGGAGAAGGGCAAGUGAUCCCACGCUCGUGAAACUUUCAAAGAUUGCCCUAGAUAACCUGGAAUGGAAUAGAACAUUGUAUACAACGGACUAUAGUGAAGUUGGGCUGGUGACGGUGAAGAUAUCAGGGGAGGUGUACACAAUGAAGAGAUAUUCCAAGGAAUUGGUGAAGCAGCAUGGUAGGACUGCACAAGUGAUGCGUGAGAGGGCAUUGAUCACAAGUUUGACUCCUUCAAACUUUGUGCCACAUGUUCUUUGCACAUGCUCUGACCGAGAGUAUGCAGCAAUACUUUUCCAAGUACGGCUUGCAGCACCAUUUGAAUUCAUCGUGCAAGAUCCUUUGCCUGAGGACGUCGUCAAGUUUUACUCAGCAUCCCUGGUUGUUUGCCUCGAAAUCCUCCACAAGGAUGGGCUUGUGCUCCGUGGUUUGACACCCGAAGUGCUCAUGUUGGAUGACAAAGGCCGCCUUCAGGUAGGUGUUCGUAGACAACUCCUAUUUGAGGUCUUGAUCUUUAGCGGGAAAAGCAGAAAAUAAGCAUUUCAUGAUAAGGUGAACAAAGGAAAGGGAAGUCC